CUCAAUUGUUAUCCUGGCGCGCUUUAGCUGUGGCUGCCUGAAGGGUUUGUGGGCGUCUCAGAUAAGAGCGAGGCUGUGGCUAUUUAGCGACUCCCGUUUCCAGCUAUCACUGGUGACAGGCGCUGUCAAACCCACGAGCCUGACAGUACCUCAGAGUUCACCAUGCCCACAAAUCCCCCGGUCAGCACAGCCACGGCAACGCCAUCAAUAUCCGAUGCCGAUGUGCAGUCAAGCCAAGAUGGCGGUACGCAAACCCAAGAAAGCGACACAUCGCCUUCCUCUACCCAAAGCGGAAGCGAUGAGGGCUCCGUCGGCGAUACUGUCCAGGACGGUCGGGAAACCAAGGAGCCCCGACCCGCGGAUCUCGAAUUACUCAUUCGAAGUCUCGAGCUCCAAUACGGCUCACUUCUCUUCCGUAUGAACAAUCUUGAAUGGCAACUAGGGAACAAAGAACCGCCGGAACCGCCGGAGGGUAGUGCCGGCGAAGAUCCCAGCCGAGCAGCCAUCCAACCCACACUAAAUCCCCUGUACUGGGAAGAGUUCCAAGAAGUGCCCUCUGAGAAGAACCUCUACCCCAUCGAAGUCUUGGUCGGCGAGCCCGUGCCUGUAGUAGGCGUUCGCAAGCAUUCCCAAAAGCACACACGCAUGCAUCGCGUCAGUAAGGACGACGAUGUCACGGAGCAGUCCAAAGACUUCCACCGAACGAAGAAAGGCGACAACGACGCGCUGCACGAGCUGCACAGAAUUAAGGGCCAUUCCUUACCGGAGCGUAUUCGUUUGCCCAUCUUCACAUCUCAAUAUCUAAUGAAACAGAUACUGGGGCCGCAGAGCACUAUACCUCACGGUUAUAGUAGACAUGGCAUCACCAUGCUCCGGCCAUACAAGCCACUCUUGACGAGCGACAAACGAGUCCGGUCCCGGCUGCUGGAGCUACGCCAUCUAAUCGACACUUACGAGGAUCUUCAUCGAAGCAAAGCGGAUGCGUCGAACGAAGAGUCCGAUUCGAGCACCGAUCCGGAGAGCGGUUGCCCCCUGAGCUUCGAUGCUGUAAACGAGAUAUUGGACGACUGCGAGAUGACGUGUUGUUCACAUUGCACCCAGGCGCUCCGUGACGAGGUGCAAACUACUAAAAUGGCCAGAGACAUCCUUCAAUGUCUGCUAGAUUUCGUCGAUCAAUUCCUAGUACCAGUCCACGAGAGCUUCCGCAAACGAGACCACUCACGCAUGAGUGUUUCGUUCAGCCAUCUUUGGCAUAUGUUCAAAGCAGGUGAUCAUCUGCUGAUGAACCAGAGCAUCGAUCCUAAACACGAUCAUCCAUGGCACAGUACCCUCUGGCGGGUCUUACAAGUGCGGGGCGGCAGAGCGCAAAUUUGUCGGAGAUACCUUCAUCCACCACCAUUGCCUCCCGGCCCAAACGGGCAAUCACCACCUAUGGUCAUUUCCCCAGUCAACGGCGUAGUGCCCUUCGUCAUUGACGCGUACUACAUUGACUUUGAUGGCCGCCGCCUGAUACCUGUUCGCCGAAGAUUCACGAUUCAGCCCUACGAAGGCGAACGAGACAUCAGGAAGCUCGAUGUCUACCCAGUCGAGUACGCAUCUGACUGGCAAGCCUCGAUGAAGUCCCUCGCCGCGCGAGGUCGCAAGUUUGUCGAUUCCAUCUACACCAGUGCGGUGACACAUGUCGAGUAUCGCGGCGUUGAUUUGAAGACGAAGGACGAAUUGGAUGAGCAAAUGAUCGUGGACAUGGAGUACUAUUGGAGGCACGAGGAAACGCAACAUCUACCAUACUAUUUCGCACCAGAGGCUCUCGACACUUGCGAAACGGCUCAUUACUGCACACCGAACGACUGGGAACAAGGGUACUGUGGCCGAAAUACAGACGUCAUAGUUUCUGACAACUAUGUUGAAGAAGAAUACAUGGAUGAGCAUGUCGAAGGCCGCGGGCAUGUUCUCCAGUUCACAACUAGGUUCGAAAACAAGAAAAAUUUUGAGGAGGAUGAUCUUGCUAUAUGCUCGCACCGCCUGUUCGGGUGGUGCUUGCGUUCGAGAAAGUGGGCUGCGGUCCUCGUCGAUAACAUCGUUAAGGUCCAUCGAGGUCGAGAAGACAUUAUAUUCGAUCAACUCGUCCUGCCCUCGGAGACCAAGCGAAUUAUCCAAGCACAAGUUCAAGAACACUUCAGAAAGAAGGGCUCACGAGCCAAUGAUCACGAGAGGGACCUGGACAUAGUGAGCGGGAAAGGGCAAGGUCUCAUGAUCCUGUUACAUGGCGCUCCCGGAGUGGGAAAGACAGCUACCGCCGAAUGUGUUGCGGACUUGGUCCAGCGGCCGCUAUAUCCUUUGACAUGUGGUGACCUUGGGAGCAACGCAAAAGAGAUCGAAGACAGUCUGUCUUUUCACCUGUACUCAGCGAGCCGGUGGGACUGUGUAAUGCUCCUAGACGAGGCCGAUGUAUUCAUGGCCAAGCGUACGAGGGACGAUUAUGGCCGCAACGCCACAGUGUCGGUCUUUCUACGCAUGCUAGAAUACUAUAAGGGUAUUCUAUUCCUGACGACGAAUCGUAUUGGCACAUUCGAUGAAGCGUUCAAAUCGCGCAUUCAUCUGUCACUAUUCUAUCCGAACUUCGAUGAACAAGACACCGUGGAUGUGUGGAAGGUCUUCAUCAGGAGAACCAAAAAAGCCAACGGCUCACGUCCAAACUUCCACAUCGACUCCAAAAGCAUCAAGUCUUUCGCUCGCGAGCAUUACAAUGCUACGCCAGAAGGAGCCCGCUGGAAUGGUCGCCAGAUCCGGAACGCUUUCCACACGGCACUUGCUAUGGCGGAGUAUGAAGCGCGGUCAAAGCAGAAGGGCUUUGACCCCACCGACCCCGACGGCUACUCGAAAGAUAGCGACGUCAAAGUUGAGCUUGGAAGAUCGCAGUUCGAAGUGGUUGCCAGGACGGUAGAGUUGUUCGAUGAGUAUAUGAAAGACACCCUGGGUAACACGUACGAGGAGAAGAUGGAGCAUGAGAAGAUACGGAAGACGAAGUUCAGGAGCCGAGAGAAGAAAAAGGGGAAGAAGUCCAAGUCGAAACGCUACGACUCUGACUCCUCCUCGUCUAAAUCUUCGGUUGAGGACCGGCGUAAGAGUAAGAAGAAGGAGUCGCAUGCGAAGAAGAAGAACGACUCGUCAGAUUCCGAUUCUGAUUCGGACUGAUCCGCCCCGAGCCUAGCUACCUCUCAUCCCCCGACAGCAGAGGUUUUCAAACAGUCUCUAGAUUCCUAUCUGGUCACUAUGUCACCAGUCCAUAUGUAUUUGCGAGUUUCGCAUAUUCAAAGGCGGUGGGGAGGCAUCAGCAAACGUCUAGCACAUCAGUAACUUGCUUGUCGUCGUCGGGAAUAAGAUGAAACAUGUAAUUCAUCACGUAUUAGUAGAAUAGAUGGUGUCAAACACAUUUGCAC